UUCUUUCAGAUUUGGGCGGGAAGUCAUUUAACUUCCAGGUUCGCAGUAAAUAUGACAUCAGAGAACAGUGAGAAUGUUGUUAUACAUGCAGCUCGGCCUGAAGACUGCGGAGAAAUACUGCGGAUGAUAAAGGAGUUAGCAGUGUAUGAAGAGAUGCUGGAAAAAGCUACCCUGACUGAAGAAGCAUUACGAGAGGAUGCGUUUGGAGACCAUCCGUACUACCGAGCGCUCGUGGCAGAAGUGUGCUCAGAUCUAACCGACCAGCCCCGUCUGAUCGGCUAUGCCAUGUACUACUUCUGCUACUGUCCCUGGCUGGGCAGGGGCAUCUAUCUAGAGGACUUCUAUGUGGAGCCUGCAUAUAGAGGUCGAGGCAUUGGGACUUCAAUUAUGAGGGAAGUGGCAAAGAUAGGAGUAAAGCACAGAUGUAACAAGAUGCAGUUGGUCUGUCUGAACUGGAACGACAUCGCUAUCGACUUUUACAAGAAACAUGGCGCAAAGGAUGUUACUGUCGACGAAAAAUGGCACCUCUUUAGAAUGGACCUAGAAGAACUCACAGCAUUUGCUGGAGAAUAACUAAUGCUGCAUUCAAAUACCUAUGAACACCAGCAAACCUCCAAAGAUAUCUUUAAACAAUGUUUGGAGUUAGGUGUAAUGUUAAGGGUUAGGUGUAAAAGUGUAAUGAAUCUAGCUGCCGCUGCACCGCAUGCCUGCGAAGCUGGUGUGUUACACCGAGGGGCGGUUAUACCGGCUAUAGAUACAGAUACAGAUAUAGAUACAGAUACCCAGGGACACCUGAAAAACAGGUCACAGACCUGAGUGUGAUCUACUGGUAAAAUAAAAUUAAAAAAAAAAGAAAUUUUAAGAAAUGAAACACAUAGACAAACACACCCAAAACAAUACCUCUGUACCAUGAGGUAAAAGUGCAAUACUAAAUUUUUUCAUGAUAGUUCUGUCCAUUUCUCUCAGGCCGCGAACUUUUGCUACCACAAACGUAGUCUUUGUUUUUGUUUUGUAUUGAAUUACGAGCAUUUACUGUAAACAUACACAAUAGUAUAUAACUUAUCAUCAUUAUCAUCAUCAUCAUAAAUAACUUAUAAUCUUACAGAAUAGAUUUAUGGUUUAUGUGGAUUAAUUAAAAAUGUCUUCCAACCUUC